CGCACCGAACAAAUAAAAAUAUAUAAUUAAUUUAGUGCACACGGAGUGGGGAAACGAAAAGGAAAGCUCUCUCAUUGCCAAAUUGCCCCCGACUCAAGCCCCCCGCGCCGCCGGCGUUGGUGGAAUCGAUCGACCCGGCCUCGCCGGACAAUCCACCAGCGUUGGUUUCACCUCAGGUGGGAAUCGUAUCCCUGGACGACGAGGGGCUUGGGGCUAGCUACCACAACGUUCUGAGAUGGUCUUGUCGUACACCAGCUGUUUGCUGAAUUUUCUCUGGGCUCAUGGUGUUCCCUUUUCUUUUGAGACGACUUUUGCCCCUUUGUCCCCAGCCAUGAGAACAUCGUCUGAAAAAACUCGGUUGAAUGUGGGACUUCACUGUCCAUGCUACCUCUGUGACGCCACUCAACUUCAUUUGGAUAGGUUUUGCAACCUAAUUUGCUCAAGCAGGGCAGAUAGCAUGACUGGUAUCGUAAGAGUCUUAGCAAGUGAAACUCAGGACAAGGAUAAGCCCGUCGCAGGAGGAUAUCAUGGCAUGCCCAUGUCUUCGAAUGGUUAGGUUUUUGUGCAUGGAAGAUGACAAUGAGGUCACUGGAGAGUCACCUGUGGCUGAUGAAUGGGAUAUGUUGUCCCUGACUUCAUCAAUAUAUGCUAGCCCAUUAUUCCGAAGAGGAUUUGAUCCAAUUAAUUUGCCUGGAUAUGGGAAUGUGAUUAAUAUUCAGGAAGGCACACAAACUGGAUUAGUCAUGUCAGAUGGCUUCGUGUUCCCUCCAAGUGAGCAUGAAAAUUUGCCAAUAGAACCAGAGCAUGAGGAUUUGCCAAUAGAACCAGGGCAUGAUGAAUCAAAUACAAACAGCGUUGAAAAGGAAAGUAGUUGUGCUGGAAAUAACGAUGAUGACUGGUGUCAUGUUUCACCUGAAGAAAUCGAUGACGUAAGUAAUGAAAAUCUAGCUGACAACAGUGACUUGCCUACUGCCAGUGAAGCUACGGUACCAGAUUCCCAGCCUACAGAAAUAAAUGCUAAGCGAGAGAAAGAUCAUAGGACAUGCAAGGCUGAUCAUACUUGUGAAAGAUGGUGGAAAAAGAAAACCACGUAUCUAUUUCAUCAUAUAAAAGGAGUGACUACACUCUGCUCAGUUGUGGCAGCUGGUGCUGUUGUUGGUUUUGUUGUAAUGGGUCAGAGGUGGCAGCAGGACCAUUGGCACCUUCAUCAAUUUAAGUUCAGUGUCAGCGGUGAGAGCAUGAAUCGAGUCAUUGGAGCAUUCAGUCGUUUGAAGGAUGGGCUUCCUGGGAGUGAGCAACUAAGAUCUAUGCUGCCGACUCGCGUACUCCCACAACAGCCGCUGAGCGCUUGAGUACAUGCACCAAAUUUUGGUGGGCUGCUUCUAGUGUCAAUUUUUGUUGCUUAUAUGAUCUUGAGAAAGUUCAUUCUUUUUCUUGUGCUACUUGAUUUUAUGUUACUGUAAAUUAGUGGUCGAGACUUCUCACGGUGCUGUUCUUUAAAACAUAGCAACCGUGAAGGGACAUGGUGGAAACACAGAGGGCACUAUAACAAUAUGUAUCCAUAUCACCUGUUUUACUUUCUAUCUCAAUGACAUGUGCUUGUAGUUUGGCUUGUU